GGACACCGUAGUGCGCGCAUGGCUUUCCCCCACCAUGUUGAAGGUGACAGCAGGUACUAGUGUCAUGUCGGGUCGCACGUUUCUGUCGCCGUUCACCGUGUUUGCAGCCGCUGCCGCCGGUGACGGGGAGAGGGGGGCCUCGGUCCCGCUGCUGCAGCUGGAGGAUUUGUCUCUGUACGCCGCGGCUCCUCGAGAGAGCUCUCCCGCCUCUGUGGAGCCAGAAGCGGGCGAGCUGGAGCAGAGUGUCGCCACCCUGAGGAAGCUGGUGGAGCCGUACACCGCCUGGUGUCAGGACACCUACAACACGAUUGAACCCAGAGUUCAGAGCGUCCUCCAGCGCGGAUACGACACCUAUGCGUACUUACAGAAUCCGCCGAAGGACUUCUAUCCCCGGGCGGGAGUCAUCGGCUUCACCGGUGUUUUGGGGCUGCUGCUCGCCAGACGCUCCAGGGCGAAGAGACUCAUCUACCCGGCGGGACUGAUGAGCGUCAGCGCCUCCCUCUACUACCCGGAGAAGGCGGCCGCCAUCGUAAAGACAGCCGGGGAUUCCGUGUACGAGCGCGCCGUGCACAGCUACGCCGCCGUGGAGAAGAUGCUGAACCCGCAGAGCAAAGGUGAAAAGGUCACCGGGUCUGAAACGAAACCCUGAAGAGAUUCUACAGCGGGAAGAAACAAACCAGCACAGCUUUAACUCUGACUUUAUUUCCCCUCAUGCCUACUUUUUGCACUAACACGCAUCUUAUGCAUCUCAGGCUGGUUUGUCUCAGGAGCUUUUGCAGCCGAGUGAUUCACUUCUACUUCUGAUCUGAAUGUCUAUUUAUGAUGUGAAUGUUAAUAUAUGAAAGUUAAACCGUCCUACAUGGGAAAACAAAGACUUAAUUUGAUUUAAUCCUAAUGUUUAAUCAACCCUGUAAAUAAAUGUGAUUGUAAAUCUACUUUGCCUGCAAAUAAGCAAACACAAAUAAAGUUUUAAACUGUUUUGACAAAACUGCAAUCUUUUCUUGCUUAUACCUCAGCCAAAGUUCAGUGUCCUAGUGUCAACACUAGGUGGCGGAAUAAGAUACAGUUCUCAUGUGAAAAUAGAAGUAACACCAUUAUCUCCAAAUGUCAGCUAGACUAUUCACGAGGCAUAUUUAUAUAGAUUUAUUCCCCAUACAAUAAUGUGCUCUCAUCCUCCUUGCACACUCCGAUCACAUAUCCUGUUAUAUACAGUAGAACAGUAUUUCUAAUUUUCCUCCAAGUACCACCAGAGAAAGCUCCACAGUUUGAGAACCAUGGACUUAACAUACAUCGAUGGAACAUCAGAAAGAGUUAACAGUGGUAAACAUGAGCCGUCUGACAUGUAACCACAGAACAUUCAUCCAACAAAACCAGAUUACACGAGUGAUAUAAUCCUUCCUGGACUUCAUUAGCCAUGUGUGCGGAGACCGCAUUAAUAACCCUAAUGGUAUUAACAAGGACGAUGUCUGGAAGCAAGCAGGAGUGCACACUCUGGACUGUUUAACAUCUUUAUUCUUCUUCAUCUCAGCCAAAAAGAAAAAAAAAAAAGAAA